AUGGCGGGCCGCUUCAUCGUCCCAUCCAGCAGCCCUCCCAGCAGUGCGCCGUCGACGCCCGAAAGACGCGGCCAUGGCACGCGUAGCUUUGGGGAUCAACCUUCAAUGACCCCUGCUUUCCAGCUGCCACCCUCAUCUGCAGCUUCGACCACGCCUGCGGGAGCCCCUUCAGACGCUUUCCUGGGCAGCUCCAUGAUGCGCGGCCUGAGCAAGCCCAAGUUUGGCGGUUCUGGUCCCGGACGCAACGUGUUUGACCGAAGCGAUGCCAGCAAUGCCCCCUUGGGGCGUUCAAUCAGAGGCCGUGAACUCGGGCCCUCUGGACUGAGUCGACAGUUCAAUUUCGAUGACGAUGCUGAAGGCGAAGACAUGGAUGCCGAGGGCGAAGACGAGCUGCCUCCCCAGCCUGGUAGCCUCUUUCGCACUUCCCGCAAGAAUGCAUCUCAAGACUCCGGUGCCGACGCUGAUGCUUACGACAUGGAGGCCGAGAUUGAACAAUUUCUUUUGCAAGAGAUGGAGAGUAAGCAGGACAAGGCGGACGAGGCCACGCCUGACGACGAGGAAUCCGAGCUGGGAGACAUGUUUCUCAACAUGCGACACGACGAUAGACCAUACGGCCAGCCCAUUAUCGGUGAGGAUCUCAUCAUGCUGAAUACGCCUGCUGCCACCAAAAGGGUACGCAAAGAAGCCGAGGACAUUUUCCGUCGAUCAUCUGUACACCUUGGCUCAUCGACAAGGAAAACCGAGUUUCGAUUCGGCACCAUUGCGAGAGACUUUUACACGAGCCAAGACGCCGCGACUCUGACCGAGCCGACUGAGCUGAUUGUCAAGAACGAGGAGCUGGUCAGCCGUCUCUACAACGACGGUGUUGGCGCCGAGGAAGAUGUGGACGUGAUGGAUGAUUCUCUCGCCACAAUCUCGCACGACCUACUUCAACUCUGGGAGGAUCACAUAGAGACCCUUCCGCCACCCGAGGGAGAAGACUAUGCAUCUGUUGGUCCCGGCGUACAGGCCCAGCCAUUCGAAAAGGCCAUGUUUGUCGCCAAUCUCAUCCUUCGCAUGCACCACACAAGGUCCAACCAUGAUGGGAAACAUGAAAAAAUUCCUCCUCUGCCAGAAACUCUCUUUCUGUGGAUGCACGAUAGUCACAAUCUCUUCCCCGAUCAGAUUCGCGAGAGCAACCAAUAUAAGCCCAGCCCUGCAUGUCACCACUUGUUUUGGCAAACCCUACGAAACAAUUUGCUGCGAGGAAAUGUUGCCCAGGCAUCUGGGCUGCUGAGGAAUGCUGGAUGGGAGCAUGUGCACAAGGGAACGCAUGGUGAAAAGGCAUAUACGGGCAAAGCGCUUGACAAUGUUCGGCGUUUUGCUGCAGCUACGUGUGAGAUUCUAGAUCAGUGCCCCGGCGCGUCCGGCGAUUGGGAUAUAUGGAACAGUGCCUGGACCCUGUUCCGUGUCCACGCCAAGGGCUCACUGGAUAGACUGACUCUAUUUGCAGAGGGUCGUGGUGUGCAGAUGGACGCUUUUGAAGGAGGCUUCGAUGAUUCUGCUCAAUACAUGUCCACAAUGGCAAAAGAGGCGUCCAGCCAGCUCCCAUGGGAUAUCUACGAGCACCUGCAAAUGGUGUAUGGCAUAGUCCUCGGUCAGCACGAUGCCAUAUUGGAAACUGCCCAAGACUGGUGCGAGGCCACAGUGGGACUUUUCGGCUGGUGGGACGACAGCACACAGCGACGCAAGAAUCUACGCAUCACACAGAGCGGGUUCAACGCGCCGACAACGAGCCGGUUUGGUGCUUCGGAUGAUUACUUGGACCGCCUAUCUGCCGCCUUUCACAAGGUGAUACAGUCCGAUUUGAAUCCCAACACGAUGGAUCCCGUGGAGGUUGCUAUUGCGUCCGCCUUCGAAGGCAACAUCACAGCCGUCAUUGGGUGCCUGAGAAUAUGGUCGCUGCCUGUAGCAAGCGCGUGUGCUGAGAUUGCGUCGUUGGGCGAAUGGCUACCGCGAGAGAAGCUAUGGUCCGACUUGCCUGCAGAUGGACUGGACAUGGACGACCUAGCUCUGCUAGGAAUCACACAGCCGUCCGACGAUGAGAAGCAAGGAAUCAAGGAUACGACACUGGUCAUUUAUGCACGGGAACUGGCCGGCAUUGAGCACUUGACACCGCAGCGAGACGGGUGGGAGGUAGCAAUCGAGGUGCUGGGUCGCAUGGAUGUCCCGGAAAAGUCGGAACAGACUGUCAGCGAGCUUCUGCGGGACUUGCUCGUGACACUCGACCAGCACUCCAGCUCCACGGUGGACAAGAUGUGGAGGAUAUUGAAUGAGCUGGGCAUGGUCAAUUUUGCCGAAGAGACUGCCGAGACGUUUGCGGAUAUAUUGGCCAAAGAAUCUCAUCGAUAUGGUGAAGCUCUAUGGUACUUUGCGCUAUCGCACAAGACAGAGCGAGUGCGUGAAGUGCUAGUUCUACUUACGUCCUAUUCGCUAGUGUAUUCGACAGUGUAUCCGGCAGAGAAGGAGCUGGACAAGGACCUGAGGAAUCUUCUGCGCAACCGUACAGAGACGCUAGAAACGAGAGCGACGCAGGAUCUGGAGGCUGCACAACUGCUGGGCCGAAUGCUGAGUGGCUACGCAACGCUUCGCAAGUUUUAUGAACUACGAGACGAGUGUGCUUUGGUAGACGCAUCGUCGUCCAAGGCCUUGUCGCUACGCAAGCAGGCUGCGUCAGCACUGGUGGCCGUCAUAUCUAGUGCGGAUGAUAAUAUCCGGGGCGGUCUAUACGACGACACACGAGACGCCGUCGUCAGCGAAGAUUUUCUGCUGGCUCUGCUGGGGGAAGCCACAGUAUUCCUGGGUCAGAACCCCUCGACGGUGUCGUUGGAGCAGAUUGACAUUGUACUCAAGGCGAUUGAAGACUUGGAGACGGUGGGCUCGCGCGUCUAUGAAUCGUGCGACGACUUCUUCAAGCUGGUGCUGGCGUCCGGCCAAGGGCUAAAGGGAUCGACCCCGGCAGACCUGAUGAGCAAGUCGACCAAUGCACUGGGAGCGAGCAGCUACAUGAUGACGGGUAGCUCAAUGCUGGCGAGCCAGCUACACAAGUCGGUAGCGGGGGCGGGCAAGGUUGAGAGGGGAUGGGACUGGCGCAAGCAGUGGCAUGCAUCGACUAAGAGCGGCGAGGUGCUGCGUAAGCUGCGGCUGGGAUUGGCGCGGGACCUGGCGGCGCUGUGGCUGGAGGACGCUGACGGAAUGGCGGCGUUUUAA